UACUAAAUAAACAACUGUGUCGAUGAUGAUGAAAUAAAUGAGUUAACAAUUCUAUACAUAUUAAAUUAAACCGUCCAUUUUUCGGUGUCCAUUUUUCCGAUCUUUCGCUAUGAUUCCAAAAUUCGCAAAUUCUUCCCCAAUUUGAUUCUAUUAUUUUCGAUUUUCCGAUUCAAUUUCAGGUGAUCACGAAUCCUAGGGUUUCAGCUUUCAACUGCAGUUCGUUCUCCGCGCUCUCAACCUAAGCAAUGAAGACAGGAUCUUCUUUAAAUCCUUAUGCAGCAGCCUAUGUGCCACUCUUUAAAAGAGGCCCUGCUGAUCUAACCAAAGAGUUUGGUUCACCUCAAGAAUUUAACAGUGGAAAUGAGGCUGGUCAAAAAUUUGGAUAUCAUCCUGUAAAUCUGUUUCCACGAGGUCAGCAUCCAAAUGUUUAUCAAAGUCAUUCCCAGAGUCCUGGUGCUCCCCAAACUGCUGAAUAUCCUAAAUGGAAAGAUAAUCGCAGUAGUGAGUUUUUUGCUUCGACGUCACAGUACCCAGAAAAGCAAAGCUUUGAUGUAGACUCUGACAUGGACCUGGCUUACCUGCAAAUGAUCUUUCCUGGAAUAUCAGAUGAGUCUCUUUCUGAUGUCUAUCAAGCCAACAGAUGUGAUUUGGAUUCUGCAGUCGACAUGCUAAACCAACUUGAGGUCCAGCAUGAUGAUUCAACAGAUAAGCUUCCCGAUACACUGGACAUCGGCGAUGUGCCCGAUUCUGCGCCUGUCAAAGCACCACAGGGAGCAAAGAAUGCAACAGGUGGAGCUUCAACAUCUGCCUUGUCCGACCUUCCUGCUAAAAGCUAAUCUUCAUACAAAUUUGGAAUUUAGCAAUUUUGUGGGAUUUGUUUCUUUUUUUUUAUAUUCUGGAAUGUCGCUAUGAAUUUCUGAAUCGAUAAAAUCCAUUUUUUCUUCUUUGGUGUGCAUGCGUCUUCUUUGUACAAAUUGAACGCAAACUGUAUCAUAGCAUCAUUGAUUGUUCAAUCAGAUUCUGUUUCUUACGAGGA